CUUGCACAUUGGCUGCAUUGGGUUUGUCAUCCUGUGGGGCACAAGUUAUGUGGGACGCGUGUAUGUUUAUCUUGGUAUCGUGCGUGCUUAGAUAAAAUUUAGAUUAGAUGUAAUUAGAAGAACAAAGGAUGUUUACUUAAUGAUGCAGGUUGAUACAGGUACAACUGCGUCACAUGUGUGACAACAACUCGAAAAUCUAGAGUGCGCGAAUAACCGCGAGUUGUGUUAUCGCGCGCUGCGAAACACUGAGCACGAUGGAAUCUGCUGCGGUCUCGGUUCUGAAGCGAGCUGUGGAAAUGGACAUGAAAGAACAGUAUACAAUGGCGUUGGUAUUGUACCAGGAAGGUGUGCAAAUACUUCUCGACGCGGUAAAAGAAACGAAGGAAACCUUCAAAGUGGAUUAUCUCACAUCCAAGGCGAAAGAGUAUCUUGACAGAGCCGAGAAGAUAAAGAAAUUGAUCAGUACAAGGAAAUCAGCCGGCAUAUAUAGAGAAUUGAUCAAGAUUGAGAGUGGAUCUAUAGGACAUGGCUAUGCGAGUAUCUUUGGCAGAUUUUUUGAUGGUACUGUCACCUAUAUCAACAUUGAAGAUCCUUAUAUACGAGCUUAUCAUCAAUGUCAGAAUUUGGUCAGACUAUGCGAAUUAGCAGUUCAAAAGUGCAGUGCACUUUCCAAGAUAUCUCUGCUUACAACCUACGAUGAAAAUGAAUCUAACCAAAUUUCAAGAUUGGCUGAAUUGAAAGAAAGUUUGGCUUCCCACAACAUUUCCUUUGAUUUUUCUUUUUCUGAAACAUUACAUGACAGACAGAUCACAUUGAGUAACGGAUGGGUGAUAAAAAUUGGACGUGGAUUAGAUUAUUUUAAGGCACCAGAGGGCAAAUUUGUUCUUGGCACAUGUGAUUUGGAAUUAAGACCAUGCUUGGAGACUACUAUAGAUAUUUUUCAUAAGAAUCAACUUCAGAGUGGAACUAGAUAGAACAUAACAUAUAUAAGUAAUAAUAAACUAAUGAUUUUACACUUCUUUUUAUAAAUGUAUUACGUGUAUUAUGGCACAUUUUUUUAGUAUAUAAUAGUAAAAACAUAUUCAUAUUUUUAUAGUGCGCAUUCAUAUUUUUACGAGAUAUGAUACAAGAAGAGUUAAUUAUAUAAUAUAUAAUAUAUUUUUAACAAAAAUAUUUGUUUUUUGUAUUACUUUUACAAUAUGAAAUAUUGUGAUUAUAAUUUGUGGUUAUAAAAUGUAUUUACAGUCUUUA